UUUAGCUGAGGCUAUAAAUAGCGGAAUUGACCAAAAGGAAACAAAAACCACAAAACAUCAGAAUUUCCUCGAUUCUCUCUGUUCCCCUCCCGAUAACCCGAACUCGACCCGCUUAGUAAAACGGCGGUAUCUCCGUCGUCCGGUGACAGAGUCGAGUGAGACCGGCGGCGUUGGAUUCAUCUCUUCAAGAAUGUACCAGCAUCUUAAUCUUUAGUGACGCAAGAAGAGUGCAGCAAUGCCGUUUCAAUCCGUUUUGGUACCCAUCGGAACUCCUUGUUCCGGCUACGAUGCGGUGCAAUCCUUACCUCUUUUUGAAGCUUGGGAGGCGAUCUACAAACCCUCCAAAGGAUUUUAGUCAAUUCAAACCGAGCUUCAGGAUUCUUCUCUAAAAGGCUCAGUUUAGCUUCAAGGUUCUACAUCAAAAGAGCAACAUGUCUGAUUAUCUCCCAGACGAAUGCCUUACAGAGGUACUGGUUAGAGUACCAGUGAAGUCAUUGAUGAGAUUCAGGUGUGUUGCGAAGACAUGGCAUUCUCUCAUUUCAAGCCCUGCAUUCAUCGCCACCCACCUCAAUCAUGCUCGUCAUAAAGCUAGCCAUGGUGAAAGAAGCAAGCUGCAGGACCAGAUUAUUCUGUUUCGACACUACUCUGCAUGCGAAUAUGCUGACGAAGACGAUCAUGGGUAUCGGACUUGGAUCACUAGUGAUGAGGAAGAGUGCUUUGCUUUGCACAAGGAUGAUGAAUCUUUUCCUCACAGUCCCACCUUGAAUCUCAAACCCCCACAUAACAUGUGGAGUGGGCAGUAUUUCCCAAUUGUUGGCCUGAUGAAUGGGAUAGUUUGCUUGGUUGACUGGAGCAGGUGUAUUUUUUGGAACCCUUCUUUGAAUACAACAAUGGAGACCUCCUUUCGAACAGGAGCAGGUACAUUCUUCCGCCCUGUUAUGCAUAUCUUUGGUCUUGGCUGUGACCCUAUUACUAAUGACCUCAAGCUGGUAAGACUUGCCUAUCUUAAGAAAAAUGUUGUUCCACCUGUAGUCGAGAUUUUCACCCUUGUUACUAAAUCAUGGCGAGAGGUUGCUGCCCCUGGUCCUAUGUAUAUUCUGGUGCAAAGUAAAUCUUCACCACAGGCCUUUGUGUCAGGUGCAUUCCACUGGGUUGCACAUACUCCACCAGGACAGGGUUCUUCAAGCAAUGUGAUUGUGGCAUUCGAUAUGGAGAAUGAGGUGUUUUAUGAGAUUGCACUUCCCAGCUGUUUAUCUUCAAAGCCUCACUUGAAUAUGACAGUGGUUUUGUUGAAUGGUUCACUUGUUUUGGUCCCAGAUAAUGAGGUAUAUGGAGACUCAUAUUACUCGAACUCUGUGUGGAUCAUGAAAGAGUAUGGUGUUGUGGAGUCUUGGACGAAAUUAUUUGAUAUCGACAUUGGCGAACAAGGAGUAAGAAGAGUGAUCACUUUCAGAAACAAUGGGGAACUUCUAUUGAAUAGCGAUGGGAAGGAACUGUUAUCAUAUGAACCCUAUACUCGAGAGACUAGAGAUCUUCAUUUCAAAGUUAGACCUUCUGAUGGAACUUCUUAUGAGACCGGCUCUUAUUUUGUAGAUACUCACAUGGAGAGCCUUGUUCUGUUGAAUGAAGCACAUAGGCCCCGUUUGGUUGGGAGGAUAUCAUGAUAUGGAAAACAAAUUCAUUCCAAAUUAGUUUGGAAAGAAAAAUAAUUCAUUUCCAUGUCUUGACAUUCCAAUGAUGAUGCCAAUUUACUUCAUCAUAUUAGCAAUGAUCAUCAAAUGCUUUGUAUGCUCUAAUUUUCUGAGUGUUAUAUCAAUAAUAAGAUUGUGAUU